UUACACUUUCUCUUUUCUUUUCUGUGAGAGUGCAGCGUCUUUUCUUCUUUUCAAAAUUCAUUCCCUUGCCUUGCAUGCGUUUUCACUUUUUCAGCGCUACACCUUUCUAUCCGCAAUCUAAGAGCUGGGGAGGAAGUCGAUUACGUUUUGAUGAUUAUUGCUAUGCUUAAUUCUUGUUUGGAGGUUUAACUAUGAAAUAAACGCUUUUCUGAAAAAUAUUAUGUUGAGUGGUUUUUUUGUGCCGUGCCAAAAAAUAUCUGUCAUAGGGAGAGAGGAAGAGACCGGGGGAGUGUGUUUAGGAGUAAGGAGGGUAGUUUAUGUGGAAGAGGGAGUGAGUAAGUAAAAGGGGACGUGUAAAUAGCAAAUGCCAAAUGUUCUGUGGGUAUGGAGCCCCAAGAUUUUGAUGGUAGAGAUUUGGGAAAAUGCCCCUGAAAGAAAUUAUUGUUUUCAAGAACCCUAUUUCAUCCAAUUUUCAUCUUUCUUGUGGAUCCUGAAUUGCAAUUUCAGUUUACAUUUGCUCUAAUUUUUAAAUCAAAAGUUUGGUGGUUGGAUUCUGUUUUUUGGGCAGCAAUGGCGAAAGCAUGGAAGUCACAAGAAGAAAUUGCCAGUGAAGCUAUCAAGCAUACUUUGAGGGCUCUGCGGAAGCGCCAUUUGCUUGAGGAAGCUGCUCAUGCUCCCGCUGUUCUAGCUCUUUCUAGACCCAUCGUUUCUCAGGGCUCUGAGUGGAAAGAGAAAGAAGAGAAUCUUCAAGUGGAACUUCAGCAAUGCUACAAAGCUCAAUCUCGCCUGUCUGAGCAACUUGUUGUGGAAGUAGCUGAGUCCAGAGCUUCGAAAGCGUUGCUUCAAGAGAAAGAAAAUGCAUUGGCUGAUCUGCAGAAGGAGUUGACUGAAUUGAGGGAUGAGUGCUCUCAAUUGAAGGUGGACUUGGAAGAAAAGAUUAAAUCUCUGGAAGUGAUUGUCAGCGAGAAUUCUGAACUUAAAGCACAACUGGAGCAGAUGACUAUUAAAGCCAAUAAAGCUGAAGCAGAAAAUAAGAUGUUGAUAGACCGCUGGAUGUUAGAAAAGAUGAAGGAUGCUGAACGCCUAAAUGAGGCCAACGCACUGUAUGAAGAGAUGGUUGAGAAACUAAGGGCCAGUGGGUUAGAACAACUUGCAAGGCGGCAGGUGGAUGGUAUAGUUCGCCAAAGUGAAGAAGGUGCUGAGUUCUUUUUAGAGUCAAACAUCCCUUCCAUAUGUAAAUACAGGCUUCGUGCACAUGAAGGUGGUUGUGCUUCCAUGUUGUUUGAAUACAAUUCCAGUAAAUUGAUUACUGGGGGACAAGAUCGGUUAGUUAAAAUGUGGGAUGCAAAUACAGGAUCCUUAAGUUCUACUCUUCAGGGCUGCCUUGGCUCAGUAUUGGAUCUCACAAUCACCCAUGAUAAUCGAUCUGUCAUUGCUGCAAGCAGCUCAAACAACUUGUAUGUAUGGGAUGUCAACUCAGGUCGUGUCCGCCAUACCCUUACUGGCCACACAGAUAAAGUUUGUGCUGUAGAUGUCAGCAAGAUUUCAAGUCGUCAUGUUGUCAGUGCUGCCUAUGAUCGUACAAUAAAAGUUUGGGACUUAGUGAAAGGUUACUGCACAAACACAAUAAUAUUUCACAGCAACUGCAAUGCUCUUUCCUUCAGCAUGGAUGGUCAGACCAUAUUUUCGGGACAUGUUGAUGGUAACCUUCGGCUAUGGGACAUUCAAAGUGGAAAGUUACUUAGUGAGGUUGCUGCACAUUCACUUGCAGUCACAUCACUAUCCCUUUCUCGAAAUGGAAAUGUUGUACUGACCAGUGGAAGGGACAAUUUACACAAUUUGUUUGAUGUGCGAUCUCUGGAAGUUUGUGGCACAUUAAAAGCCAUGGGAAACAGAGUGGCUUCUAAUUGGAGUCGCUCCUGUAUCAGCCCAGAUGACAAUCACGUUGCUGCAGGGUCUGCUGAUGGAUCUGUCUAUAUUUGGUCAAUAUCUAAAGGUGAUAUAGUCAGUACUCUGAAGGAACACACUUCCUCUGUUCUGUGUUGUAGGUGGAGCGGAAUUGGAAAACCCCUAGCUUCUGCUGAUAAGAAUGGGAUUGUUUGCGUCUGGACAUGAUGGGCUUUCAUUUCUUUGGAUACGCUUAGAGGUUUGACAACACUAAAAUAGAUAAGGUUUGCAUAUAUGCAAGGGGUGUGGUACUACUCAUUUGUACAGUUUUCAGAUUGGGUGGUUAAACUCUUUAUUACGGUUUUAUGUUCAUACAAGGUAUAAUAUACCAUUCAAAUCAGGAACCAUGUAUUUAUUAUUUUUUUAACGAUGUUUCAUCUAAAUAAACUAGUCUCAAGUGAAACUUGAGUAGACUAAUUUGUGAUGAAGGCAUGAAGCCUUUCUGUUUUACUAAAUACUAAUGUUGAAUUGGCAAAAUUUGAUGACA